AUGAGGGAGGCACUCGGAACAUAUCUUGCCUACUUGCGUUGUUUUAACCACACACAGCUUUGUCUUCGCGCUGAACUACUUGGCUCCAACAACUUCUCUUAUUUCGUAACCACUCACACCUUCCCCCCAUCAAAAGCCAAACUUCCAGUCUCUGCUUUUCCUCUUGACCACUAUAGUCUUAACUCAAAUAUCGACUUGGAACACGAUUUAGAGCUUUUUAGUAAUCAGGGGCUUGCUUCUGAGCUGGCUCAUGCCCCUCAGCGCCCGGAGGACUGGUGGUGGAACUUUACGCAGGUGCCAGAGCUCUACAAGAUCACCGAUCGGGAAAAGAAAUAUUUUAAUGGUUCCCUCUCCCUUAUGGCUUCACCGGUCGGUUCGCCUGCCUGCUGCGCUCCUCUCGUUCAUCGGACUCACAUUGAAAACCAACAGGAACCCCCACGAAGUCGGCUUCAGUCCAGUCUUGAUGCCGCACUCUUGCCGGUGUUGCGCCGCUGGGCUGGACGUCUGCGAUGCCGGCCAGCAACCCGGCACUCGCCAUUCUCUGGACGUAUUAAAAGAAAUAAUAGACAGAAUGUUGACCGAAUUAAUUUUGAUGAGAUUUACUUAGGCUCCAGGAUACCAUCUUACGCAUAUGAAUGGCGAUACCAGACCGAGUUGAACGAUAAGCAGGCA